ACCGGUAGUGGAAUCCUAAUAGUGUUAUUAGUUUUUUCAUAUUCCCACUUUCCACUACCGAUCUAGCUUAUCACCGGUAGUGGAAUCCUAAUAGUGUUAAUUAUAUUUUUCAUUCUUCCCAAUUUCCCUCAUUCUGCAAACGCGAAGAAGAACACACUCUCCAAUCCAAUCGUCCCAAUUCUAGUUCUCCCUAAUUUGUUCCUCAAAUCGUCCCAAUUUCUUCAAAUCAAACACUCUCCAAUCGUUCUCCAAUCAUUCUCCAAUCUCUCCAAUCUCCAAUCGUCCCAAUUUCAUUCGCGGUUUCAUUCUCCAAACCCUAGACGGAACGACGAACCUGCAAACGCUUAAUCGCCUCCAAAUCUCUUCGUUUUCAUUCGGUAAAGGGGCUGGUGUUGCUGUUUUUUGGUGUUGUCCUCUUUGUUUGAGGUUAGAAGGUUCAAUCACGGUCUCAUCUACAGAUACGAUAUGGCUGAUUCAACCGACAACUCUGCUGAAACUAGUCAACGUAAUAAAAAAAGUGUUAGAGGUCCCACUAUGUUGAAAGCAAUUGAAAACGUUCGUAAAACGGGUAUAAAGAUCCCUCUCCAGUUUGAUCUAGAAACUGGAGAGUGUUAUGGUAACAAUGCCUCCCAUUUUAAGAGUUACGUAGCACUUCUUACUCGAGAAAGAUGCAGUAUUGCGAAAGAGUUGUGGAAACAUAUACCUGAAGGAGUAAAAAAUGCUAUGUGGACAGAUAUUAAGGCUAUUUUUGUUAUACCCGAGUUUGAUGAUGCAAAAAGGAAUGAUCAUUUUAAGAAAAUAUGGUUUCACUAUGCGGCGGAGCGGUGGAAAGAUUUUAAAUCACGGUUGACUAGAACUUAUAUCACAGACCCCAAACCAGAUGACGUUCCUCCAUACGUCAAGUAUCCUUACAUCAAAAAAGAUAUAUGGGAAGAGUUUGUGAAGUAUCGACAGACCUCUGAUUUUAAGGAAAAAAGUCAAAAGGGUAGGGAGAAUCAUGCAAAGAAUGUUUACCCACAUGUAUUAUCCCGUGGAGGGUAUAAGAGGCUCGAGGAGCAGAUGAUCAAUGAAAAGAGAUUGUCCUUAUCGAAAGAUAGUUCUGGCUUAACUGAUGAUGAUCGUCAUCCAUCUCCACCGGAACGCUAUGAGACAUGGACGAGAGCACGACAAAAGAAAGGGGGAGAAUUCACAUCCGAGCCUGUAAAAAAAGUUGCUGAGAAAAUUGAGAAAAUUGUUGAAGACUCAAAAAAGGGUGACUUUGUUCCAACGAGACGUCACGAUGUCCUAACAGAAGCCAUUGGAACACCUGAGCAUGGUGGUAGUGUUCGUGGUGUUGGAAAAAAACAUAACAUUACCACUUACUGGGGAAGAUCAAAGGUUUCACGUCAAAGUCAAGGUAUAGAUGUCAAAGAGCAACUAGCAGCAUUUAAAGCAGAUUUGGAAGCUAAGUUUGAGGAAAAGUUGGCGCAAGAGCGUAAGAUGAUGCAAGAUUCUCUUAUGGAGACACUAAAGUCCAUGGGUUUAUCCCAAACCUCUGAUACAAAUAAUAGAGUCAUGGUACCUGAAGCGCAAACUGAACAACUUGUUGUCACCGGAAGCGCAAAAGGGAGUUGUUCUCCUGCACCGGUCAAGAUGCAAAAUGAACUCAAGGAGGUUGUUGUCACUGAAAGCGCAAAAGGAAGUCGUUCUCCUGCACCGGUAGCAGAGGCUGAAGAUAACAUGGACGAUGUUCAGAAAUUGUUAAUCAUGGUUCUGAAAAAGGGUGAUGAUCAUUUGGAUGUACAAUUAACUCAUUGUUCAAUGUGUACUAAUUUUCUCAUGUCUUGCAAGUGUAUAAGAGAGUUGUUGGUGGGUUUUAUUUGGCUCGACAUGAGUACUCUAAGUGUCUGGUGCUCGUACAUUCAUCGUUUAUGCAUUGAAAACAACACCACAAAUGUAUAUGGAAUUUUGGAACCAAGUUUUCUGAACAUUGUUGGUGAUGCUGGGAAAAAAAGUGAUCAGAGAAUAUCUCAAAGUAAAUGCAAGAAAUACAUCCAGCAUAAGUUAGAAAAUGAAAAGAAAGAGUGUCAAUUAUUACCAUUUAACCAUGGAGGACAUUGGCAGUUGAUAAUACUUUGUCCAAAGAUAAAUACCGUGGUUGUUAUUUGUUCACUACAUUGGAAACUUAAUCCAAUAAUGGAGAAAAUUGUUUCAAGUGUUUUUACGGUUGAUCAAAUGGCGAAUGGCAAUAGAAAGAACAAUACCGUAUGGCUUUAUCCACAAGCGAGGAAACAAUAUAAUUCAAAUGACUGUGGAUACUAUGUAAUGAAAAAUAUGUUGGACAUUGUCACUGCUAAGAUAACUGAUUCUUGGAUGGAGGUAUUUAAUGACCCAAAAGAGUUAACAGCUGAGGAGAUGUAUGAAUUGCGAUUACGUUGGUCAACAUAUUUUUUGGAGUUAUUGGAGGGUUAAGAUUUAUCUGGUGAGUUAUAGGACUGUUUUAGUUUAGGACUGUUUAUCAGAAAGAUUCAAAUGCUGCAUUGUUCAUCCUUUGAACAAGUUGCUGAUAUCAUGACUAAGGCUUUGAGCCUUGACAACUUUUGCAGGAUCAGAGAUAUGUUAGGUUUGUAUAAGAUUGAAGAUGUAAUUGUAAACUGAAUCCUUGUAUAGUAUACAGUUUAGGAGAGGCAUUGUUAGAAUGUGAGCUGCAGAAGCUGCAGGCAUGCUCAUUGGCAAGCCAAGCCCGCGUGUAAGCCAACUGCAGCUGCUAGGCCUGCGCGCGCGUGGGUUACUUAGAGGCCAAGUUAAGUCAGUUAGUUUGUUAUGAGUUUGUUGUAACCUCCUUGCAAGUGCUAUAUAAGGCCUUGUAUAUGUGAAUAAACACUAGAGAUUGCUUUUGCCUUAACAUCUUGUAUAUGGAAUUUUAUGAUGCUGUUGCUGAGAAUCAUAGUUUAACUGCACAUGAAUUUUAUGA